AGAAGUGAUCGAGUUUAGAGCAAUCAAGGUUGAGGGGGUCUUUGGCGAAUGGAGCAACCGUUAUGUACAAUAGUAGUGUUCACUGGGAAGCGAGACUCCCGGCAGGGGCACCACGUCUGCUAGGAUGGAACGUACCACCAGAAGAAUUGGUUCAUAUACCAGAACAUUGGCUAGUUUAUCCUGAGCCAAACCCCUCCCUUCAUUAUCUAUUGGCACUUCUUUACGUAUUAUUCACUUUCAUUGCUCUUCUUGGAAAUGGACUCGUUAUUUGGAUUUUUUGCUCGGCCAAGUCAUUAAGAACACCGUCCAAUAUGUUUGUGGUAAAUUUGGCGAUAUGUGAUUUUAUAAUGAUGCUCAAGACUCCAAUUUUCAUUUACAAUUCAAUUAACACGGGAUUUGCACUUGGAAAUUUGGGAUGUCAAAUUUUUGGCUUUAUGGGCACUUUAUCGGGAAUUGGUGCUGGUACAACAAAUGCAGCGAUAGCGUACGAUAGAUACAGUACAAUAGCAAGACCAUUGGAUGGAAAAUUAACACGUGGUCAAGUGAUGUUAUUCAUUGUUCUAAUAUGGUCAUACACAAUUCCUUGGGGUUUAAUGCCUGUGAUGGGUGUGUGGGGACGUUUUGCUCCAGAAGGAUUUUUAACAAGUUGCACUUUCGAUUAUAUAACUGACACACCUGAAAUUCGAAUGUUUACUGGAACAAUAUUUACAUUCUCCUAUGUAAUACCAAUGACAUUAAUUAUAUUUUAUUACAGUCGAAUGGUUGGCCAUGUAAUGGAUCAUGAGAAAGCGUUACGAGAACAGGCGAAAAAAAUGAAUGUCGAAAGUUUGAGGAGCAAUGCCAAUACCAAUAGUCAAUCGGCGGAAAUUCGCAUUGCCAAGGCUGCGUUGACGAUUUGUUUUCUGUUCGUUGCUGCUUGGACACCUUAUGGAGUGAUGGCGAUGAUUGGAGCAUUUGGAAAUAAAACUUUAUUAACUCCUGCAGUGACAAUGAUUCCAGCAUGUUGUUGUAAAGCAGUUGCUUGUUUAGAUCCUUACGUUUAUGCCAUCAGUCAUCCUAGAUACAGACUGGAAUUACAAAAGAGGCUGCCUUGGCUUGAAAUACAAGAAAAACCAAUUUCAGAUUCAACCAGCACGACAACAGAAGCUGUAAAUCAAUCUACCACUUAAUUUUAAUAAGAUGUAAUUAAAUGAUUGGUAAAUAGUUUACUAUUACUACUACUACUUAAUACUACUAAUACUACGUUAUUAUUAAUGUCUGAUAACUGGGGUAAAAAGAAAAACAUGAAAUAUUUUCAAUUU